AUGGCAUCAUCAGGCGUGCUGGCAAGCCAUGCGGUACAAGAUCGUACCGUUGUGGUACGGUUUGCGGUGGAAGGAAUGAAUGACCUGCCCUUGAACGUGAGUAAUGUUGAUUUAGAAACGGUGACUGUCCCAUGGUUAAGACGCAUGUGUAGACAGCUACGAGGUCAACAUACGGAAAACAAAAGGCUCAGGUUCAUCAAAAACGGUCGUUUCUUAACGGCGCACACAGAUCUGCAGCUUAGACGGUAUUUCGAAACGUCUGAAGAGCCCGUAUUUUAUGUGCAAUGUAUUGUGGGACAAGAAAUGACGGCCCAGGAGGCCGCAAAUGAGGAUUCGCUGGACGAAGCCCAGCCAAUCGCAGAGGGUACCACUACACAGGCCAUAGGGUUCGAUCGACUGCGGUCAGUCGGCUUCAGUGACGAGGAGAUUGAGCUUCUGCGACAACGGUUCCAAAGCACGUACGGAGACCUCGAAAAUCUGACGCAAACUGCAGAUGGGGUACAAGAUAUUCGUCAGCUCGAAGAACAGUGGAUGGAGACUGGUGCUAACGAUGACACUUCGCAAAUGGGUGCGGUGGGCAUUGCUAACUACAAACACAAUACAGACUUGCUGAUAGGACUUGUUGUUGGGUUUGUGCUUGGGGUCGCCAGUUUUUUGUUGAUGACCCAGGAAGGUUUGUUCAACAAGCGCCAGAGGAUGGCUAUUGUGGGAGGAUUGAUGAUCAACGUUUGUUUUGGUUUGACGCUCGGGUUCUCAAGGGGCUAG